AUGCCGCCUAGUAUCAAGGAUUUUGAUAUCAUCAAACCUAUCAGUAAAGGUGCAUUCGGGUCCGUGUUUCUUGCCAAGAAACGGACUACGGGUGAUUAUUAUGCAAUCAAGUUUUUGAAAAAGUCGGACAUGAUUGCCAAGAAUCAGGUUACAAAUGUCAAGGCUGAACGAAUGAUCCUGAUGACCCAAUCAGACAGUCCAUUUGUUACCAAAUUGUAUUACACAUUUCAAUCAAAAGACUAUCUGUAUCUGGUGCUUGAGUACUUAAAUGGUGGCGACUGUUCGGCAUUGAUAAAAGCUAUGGGGAGUCUGCCUGAAGAUUGGGCUCGCAAUUAUCUAGCAGAGGUCACUCUUGGCCUUGAAUACUUACAAACAAAGAACGUAAUUCACAGAGAUCUGAAGCCAGACAACCUUUUGAUUGAUCAUAACGGUCAUCUAAAGUUGACAGAUUUUGGUUUGUCCCGUAUUGGUUUCUUGGAUCCAACUGCAGCGUCUUCUCAUGUGUCUCCUGCAACUGCAGCGGCUGCGUCGUCAUCACUGGCAGCAGGAGCUACUGGUUUCAUACAUUGUAGCUCGCCAAAGGCUCGUGGAGGUAAAAACAAACAUGCUGUGGGCACACCAGAUUAUCUUGCACCAGAGAGUAUUUUGGGUACAGGUCAGGAUUCAAUGGUUGACUGGUGGGCACUGGGAGUGAUAUGUUACGAGUUUCUGUAUGGCUAUCCUCCAUUUCACGCCGACACGCCUGAUAAAGUCUUUGAAAAUAUAUUGUCGAGACGGAUUGAUUGGCAUGAAGAUGAAGUUGAGGUGUCUCCAGAAGCACGCGAUUUUAUGGAGCGCCUGAUGACUAUUGAUCCUACCAAACGGCUUGGAUUCAAUGGAGCCCAGGAAGUUAAGAAGCAUCCCUUUUUCCAGGGUCUCGAUUGGGACAUGCUUUUAGUCGAAUCUCCUGCAUUUGUCCCCCAGCCUGCUGACAUGGAAGACACCGAUUAUUUUGAUAGCCGAGGAGCAACCAUGCAACCCAAUGAGCCA